GGCAUAUUUCUCCUGUUCCUCCUUUCGCCGCGCUCCCUCUCCCCCGUUCAACUUUCACCCGUGCCGCGUUUGUCCUCUUCCUGUCAUUCUUCCCUGAGACAAUGGUCGCCUUCCCCGUCGUCCCCGCAUCUCUGCUUCUGUCUCUCUCUCUCUCAUUGCGCGCCGCGGUUGCCCGAAUGAGAGGACGUCUUAGCAUUGGCGCCUCGCUAAUCGUCUAAAGUUCUCUUCGCUGGCCUGAAAAAGUUGGAUUCUUUUUUUUUUUUUUUCCUGUGAACUAUCAUCGCAACAGGAAGAAAAGCUAUCCAAAUUCCCUCCCAAAUGACGGCCGCGUCACACUUCCACGGCAACGGUGUAACUAUGGAGCGCGGGCAUGGGGUCGGAACGGCCCGAUAACAAACAGUGCGCUUGUCGUCAGAAAAAAGGGGGCCGUCGUGGGGAGCGACGAAGAGAACUUUUCCGGACUCUGAGGAUCUCAGGCUUAAAGGACUCGCAUGUGACAUUGUCAGAACGGCCAUCUCGGAAAGGAUUUGCUCCGUUUUGCCGCUGGAAGCGGCGGAUCUCGCGCGCUCGUUUGCGUCACCGUCGCUCGGGACGAGGUGCGGCGUCAUGCGUGUUUGUGAGGCUGCCAGCUGCCUGUCUGUGCUCAGCGCUGACGGACACAGCCAGAGACUGACAUGCGUUUCCGUGGUGACGAGCGGCUGUAGCCCCUUUCCCAUAUGUUGGGGCCAAGAAUAUGACAGACACUUAGCUGCGGCGGUGUCAGCAGGGAAGACCAUGGCGACGCCCUACAUGGAUCCCAAUCUCAAUCACGCCCUGCUGGACGGCGGCGCCAAGUCGCGGCUCAGCGCUGGGGGGUCGGACCGGACCGCUGCUGGAUCUGUGGACCGGGUCCUGAAGGUCUUCCACCACUUCGUGACCAACACAGAACUCAGCAGCUGGUCCUCGAACAUCCGAUACGGGGAUGCUACCGAUGUCCGGGGAAUCAUCCAGAAGAUCCUGGAUAUCCACAAGGUGCGGUGGACGUCGUGCUUUGGCCUGCGUCUCAGCAGCAGCGGCCAAGCCAAAGACCAAGUGCACUGGCUGCAUCCCGACAUGGGCGUGUCGCACGUCCGAGAGAAAUACGAACAGGCGCGCCCCACUGAGGAGUGGAGGUACGAACUGAGGAUCCGAUACCUCCCGAAAGGGUUCGUGCAGCAGUUUACAGAAGACAAACCUACACUCAAUUACUUCUACCACCAGGUGAAAAAUGACUACAUGGCACAGAUCGGGGAUCAAGUGGAGCAAGAUGUCGCCCUUAAACUGGGUUGCCUGGAGAUCAGGAGGUUCUAUAAAGAGAUGAGGGGAAACGCCCUGGACAAGAAGUCCAACUAUGAGCUACUAGAGAAGGAUGUCGGUUUGAGGCGUUUUUUCCCCAAAGACCUGCUGGAUUCAGUCAAGGCCAAGACGCUUCGUAAAUUGAUCCAGCAGACAUUCAAGCAGGUGGCCAACCUCAAUGACGAGCAGUGCAUCCUCAAGUUCCUCGAGAUCCUGGCACCCAUCCACCGCUACGACAAGGAGUGCUUCAAAUGUGCGCUCGGGUCAAGCUGGGUGAUCCAGGUGGAGCUUGCGAUCGGACCUGAGGAAGGCAUUAGCUACCUGACGGACAAGGGCUCAGCACCAACCCAUCUGGCUAACUUCACCCAAGUGCAAUCCAUCCAGUACUCGGCCAUGGAGGAGAAGGACAGGAAAGGGAUGCUGCAAGUCAAUGUCGUGGGAGCCGCCGAGCCUCUCACCGUCACGACAGCCUCCCUGACCAUGGCGGAGAAUUUGGCCGACUUGAUUGAUGGCUACUGUCGGCUCAUCUCCAUGGAAACGCGCUCUUUCAUUGUCAGAGUUCAGAAAGAGGGGGAGAGAGCGCUACCCUCCCUUCCAAAGUUGUCUAAUAAUGAGAAGAAGUUGGAGGCGGUCAAGAGUGGAGUGAGAACGAUCUCGCUUUCAGAAGAUCUUAGCGGGGAUGAAACCGAUGACUACGCCGAGAUAGUUGACGAAGAGGACACGUACACCAUGCCCUCCAUGACCUAUGGAAUAGUGGAAGCGCGGGACUACGAGAUCCAGAGGGACAGGAUCGAGCUCGGUCGCUGCAUAGGCGAAGGUCAGUUUGGAGAUGUGCACCAAGGAGUCUACAACAUCCCGGACAAGCCAGCGUUGGCCGUCGCCAUUAAGACGUGCAAGAACUGCACUUCGGACAGCGUGAGGGAAAAGUUCCUGCAGGAAGCACUGACCAUGCGGCAGUUUGACCACCCGUACAUCGUCAAGCUGAUUGGCGUGAUCACGGAGAACCCGGUGUGGAUCAUCAUGGAGCUGUGCACGCUGGGAGAGCUGCGUUCCUUCCUCCAGGUGAGGAAGUACAGCCUGGAUUUGGCAACGCUCAUCCUGUUCGCCUAUCAGCUCAGCACUGCGCUGGCGUAUCUGGAGAGCAAGCGUUUUGUGCACAGGGACAUAGCGGCACGUAACGUGCUGGUGUCUUCGAUUGAUUGCGUGAUGCUGGGGGACUUUGGCCUGUCCCGCUACAUGGAGGACAGCUCCUACUACAAAGCCUCCAAAGGAAAACUUCCGAUCAAAUGGAUGGCUCCCGAGUCGAUCAACUUCAGAAGAUUCACCUCCGCGAGUGAUGUCUGGAUGUUCGGCGUCUGCAUGUGGGAGAUCCUGAUGUACGGCAUCAAGCCCUUCCAAGGGGUGAAGAACAACGAUGUGAUCGGCCGCAUCGAAAACGGCGAGCGGCUCGCGAUGCCGCCGCAGUGCCCGCCCACCCUUUACAGCCUCAUGACCAAGUGCUGGUCGUACGACCCAAGCAAGCGGCCGCGCUUCACUGAACUCCAAACGCAACUCAGCACUAUACUGGAGGAGGAGAAGGUGCAGCAAGAGGAGAGACUUAGGAUGGAGAUGAGAAGACAGGUCACGGUGUCCUGGGACUCUGGAGGUUCUGAUGAGGCGCCGCCUAAACCAAGUCGACCGGGUUACCCCAGCCCUCGCUCCAGUGAGGGCUACUUCUCCAGCCCACAACACAACCAUUACCAGCCGACAGCACACGGCGGCGUAGGAGGCGGCUUCCCCGCCAACGACUCCUGGAACCAGCACAGACCGGAAAACACCGCGCUGUGGAGCUCCAACAUGGAGGACACCGGGUGCGUUGGCCAGGCUCUCAUGGAGGAGAGGCUUAUGAUGCAGCAGCAGCAGAUGGAGGACGACCAGCGAUGGUUGGAGCAGGAGGAGAGCUUCAUGAAGGCAGAGCCCAGAAACAGCCGAGGGAGCAUCGAACGAGAAGACGGGACGCUCCAGGCGCCGGGUGGAAGCCAGCAUAUCUACCAGCCUGUGGGCAAAGCAGAACACGUGGCUCCGCCGAAGAAGCCCCCUCGUCCCGGAGCCCCCGCUCACCUGACCACCCUGACCGGCCUCUGCCCCGUCGACAGCUACAACGAGGGCGUGAAGCCGUGGAGGUUACAGCCUCAGGAGAUCAGCUCGCCCCCCACGGCCAACCUGGACCGCUCCAACGACAAAGUGUAUGAAAACGUAACGGCGCUGGUCAAGUCGGUCAUCGAGAUGUCCAACCGGAUCCAGCCGGCGGCGCCCGAGGAGUACGUGCCCAUGGUCAAGGAAGUGGGCCUAGCAUUGAGGACUCUGCUGGCCACGGUGGAUGAGACUAUUCCCGUGCUGCCUGCGAGCACCCACCGAGAGAUCGAGAUGGCCCAAAAGCUGCUCAAUUCCGACUUGGCGGAACUCAUCGCCAAGAUGAAGCUGGCGCAGCAGUACGUCAUGACCAGCUUGCAGAAGGACUACAAAAAGCAGAUGCUAAUGGCGGCACAUGCCCUCGCCGUGGAUGCCAAGAACCUUCUGGACGUCAUUGAUCAGGCGCGUCUGAAGAUGAUUACGUGAAAACAUUGGCUCUGAAGGAUGUGCGGAUGUCCUAAUAGCAGGGACGAGAUGGACGUUGGUCGCUAUGGAGACAGAGACUUGGAUUAAAAUGGAGAACAGUGGACGCUACAGUCGCCAUAUUUUGGUGUCUUCUUGUAAUUACUUUUUUUUGUUAUGAAGGGAAGCUCUUGUCACACACUUUCAACUAUACAGAGUGAUUAACUCCCUAUUUUAAAAUACUUCUCAAUUAUUCAUUAAUUGUAAGUUUCUUUUUUGUUGUUGUCUAAUGUAUGAAUUUAAAAAAAUGAAUAUGUUAAAAUGUAGCAUUAGUACUACAUUUAUCUGUAAAAUUACAGGAUGUGGAUGGUCUCCAUCUUGUAUAGUCAACAUUUAAACAUUGUCCCAAGCACUGGUAAUUAGCCAGAUUUAAUCACAGAUCAAAUUCUUAAAAUGAAAGAACAAACA